ACUUGUGUAUAAGACUUCGUCUCGUCCCUUUCUUCACACCACAGACUUCUUUCCUCCCUACAAAUUCUUCGCAAACUUCCGCAAUCUCCCUAGCUUGAAUGCUACACUGCUCUGUUUCAAGUGAUAAUCUUCUGUUGGGUUGCCAUAGGCUUCCCUGUGAUUUCUUCCAUGUUUGAUAUAGGUGGUGGGGUUGCGGCAGCUCACAUGGAAACUUCGACGGCUUUAAUCAUCUUAUCAGCCAUUGCAGCUUAUGUUGUCUGGUUCAGAUUCAUCAAGAGAUCGUUAUGUGGCCCACGUGUCUGGCCACUAGUGGGCAGUCUUCCAGGCCUCAUCAAGAACUCCAGUCGGAUGCAUGAUUGGAUUGCAGACAAUCUCCGCUCCUGCGGCGGUACUUACCAGACAUGUGUCUGCGCCGUCCCUUUUCUUGUCCGGAAACAAGGUCUCGUUACUGUCACAUGUGAUCCAAGAAACUUGGAGCACAUCCUGAAGGUCCGGUUCGAAAAUUACCCCAAGGGACCAAAUUGGCAAGCCGUCUUCCAUGAUUUGCUCGGUAAUGGGAUCUUCAAUUCUGAUGGUGAUACGUGGUUGUUCCAGCGUAAGACCGCUGCAUUGGAGUUCACCACCCGGACUCUCCGUCAAGCCAUGGCUCGGUGGGUUAGUCGAGCCAUUAAGCAAAGGUUCUGCCCGAUUCUUGAUGCUGCUCAAAGUGGAUCCAAGUCUGUUGAUCUCCAAGAUCUAUUGCUUAGGUUGACAUUUGAUAAUAUAUGUGGCUUGGCCUUUGGUAAGGACCCCGAAACGCUGUCGCCGGUGCUGCCGGAGAAUGGUUUCGCCGCUGCUUUUGACCGAGCCACGGAGGCCUCCCUCCACCGCAUGAUUUUUCCGGAGGUUAUAUGGAAGUUGAAGAAAUGGCUUCGGCUGGGGAUGGAAGGCACGUUGAGCCGUAGCCUUGAACACAUAGACGAAUAUUUGUCCGAAAUCAUUAGGACACGUAAGCUUGAGCUGGUCAGCAAAGAGCAGGGAGGGACCCCACAUGAUGACUUGCUCUCUCGUUUCAUGAGGAAGAAGGGAUCCUACUCAGACGAGUUCCUCAAACACGUGGCACUCAACUUCAUCCUAGCUGGUCGAGACACGUCAUCAGUCGCGCUGAGCUGGUUCUUCUGGUUGGUCAGUCAAAACCCGAGAGUUGAAGAGAAAAUCGUGUCAGAAAUCUGUACCGUUCUCAUGGAGACACGUGGCAGUGAGGUUUCCAAGUGGGUCGAAGAACCAUUGGUCUUCGAAGAGGUUGAUCGGUUGAUAUACCUCAAGGCGGCACUGUCGGAGACACUCCGGCUCUACCCAUCGGUGCCGGAAGACUCCAAGCAUGUAGUUUCCGACGAUGUCCUUCCCAGCGGCACUGUCGUUCCGGCAGGGUCUAAUGUCACCUACUCAAUCUAUUCGGUGGGGCGGAUGAAGUUUCUUUGGGGCGACGAUUGCCUGGAGUUCAAGCCGGAAAGAUGGUUAUCCGAACAAGGCAAGACAUUUGAGGUUAAAGACUUGUACAGAUUUGUGGCAUUCAAUGCUGGCCCUAGGACUUGCUUGGGGAAGGAUUUGGCUUACUUGCAGAUGAAAUCGAUAGCUGCGGCGGUGCUGCUCCGUCACCGGCUCACGGUUGUUCCAGGCCACCGCGUGGAGCAGAAAAUGUCAUUGACUCUUUUCAUGAAAUAUGGGCUCCUGAUGAAUGUUCAGCCGAGGGACCUGAUGCCUGUGCUGAUGAAGAUAAGCCAAAGUGGACUUCAACAUGGAGAUAAUGGAUCCUGGGGUAAGCAUUCUGAGGAGCCUGAAAUGGUGGCUGCGGCGUCCUAAGGAGCCUCUGCUUUUCAUGGUAAAGUUUUUCUGGGUCUCUGCUAAAAGCCGUAUACGAACCAAGAUCUUAAAGGUAUUUAGUAACAUGUACUAUUUUUUUUUAGCACAGUAGUAAAAUGGUACAGAGAAAGAACACAGCACAACUCUAAAAUUGAUUAAUUUGGAGUUGUGUGGAAUCUCAUAUAUACCAUUUAACUCAUAUAGGAUGAUUAUGGGACGAUAGUAACAUGUACUAUUUGGUGUGAGCAAAAUACUUAAAGCCACUUCUGAGCGAUUUGAGUUACAUUUUUUUUCUUAAAUUAUAUAUCAAAUUGGCCAAAUUUAUUGGAUAUGGAGCUUGUUCUUUCUUCAUAUUAUGAUUGAAAGUGGUACACUGACUCUACAGGCCAAGAUGAUUCAAGCAAGGAAUGAACAAAGUUAGGAACUUUGAUUAGUUCUGAUUUAUAGGGAGAAAAGUUAUGGAUAUUGCUUUUAGUUCUGGUUAAAUUUGUGAAAUUAUUAUUGCAUAGGAUUAUCAGGUAAAGGGGUUGCUAUGAAUAUCUUUAUAAUUGUCAUUUGGGCCUGUUGUUUUCACUAUUCAUUAUGAUUGUUAGUUGUAGUUGCCUCACAUGACUGCAAUUUAGGUGAGGAACUGAGACAUCUAAUAAUAUAUGUAGAUUGAUUUAUUUUGGAAUACAAGUUUUAAGUCCUUUUGCUGGUAUGUACUCAUUCUAAAUCCCUUUUUCUGGUAUGAUUGUUAAUUGUAGUUGCCCCACAUGCCUGCAAUUUAGGUGAGGAACUGAGACAUCUAAUAAUAUAUGUAGAUCGAUUUAUUUUGGAAUACACGUUUUAAGUCCUUUUGCUGGUAUGCACUCAUUCUAAAUCCCUUUUUCUGGUAUGAUUGUUAAGUGUAGUUGCCCCACAUGCCUGCAAUUUAGGUGAGGAAAUUAAUUGAAAACUCCUUG